AUGGAUUUCGGCGCCGCAGCAGAUGGCGAGAACGAUGACAGCAAGGCUUUUAUUACUGCUUGGAAAAAAGCUUGUGACUGGAAUGGCAACAGCGAGGUAUUUGUUCCACAAGGAAAAUACUUGGUCAAUUCAGUGGUGUUUAAAGGUCCAUGCAAAGGUCCGAUUUCAUUCAUAGUGAAGGGAUUUGUGAAGGCUCCUGUUGACGUAUCAACGUUUGUUGAUAAGGAAAGUUGGAUUACCUUUGAACGUCUCAGCAACUUCACCCUCGCUGGAGGUGGAAUUUUCCACGGCCAAGGACAAAUUGCAUGGCAACAAAAUGAUUGCCAGAAAAACUCCAAGUGCCAGAUUCCUACCUCUUUGCGAUUCAACUUCCUCAACGACUCAACAAUUAAAGAAAUAAAAUCUGUUGAUAGCAAGAAAGUUCAUAUCAACGUUUUUGCCUGCUACAACUUGAAGCUAAAAUCUAUUAAUAUCUCGGCACCUGGUGACAGUCCCAACACUGAUGGAAUUCAUAUCGGGUCAUCAAAAGGGAUUGAGAUCUAUGAUUCAGUGAUAGGUACUGGUGAUGAUUGUGUCUCUCUGAGUCCCGGAAGUGAAAGCAUUCUAGUCUCCAAUGUUUUUUGUGGACCAGGACAUGGGAUUAGUGUUGGUAGUGUUGGAAGGACUCCAAAUGAGAAAGCUAUUUCAGGUUUGACGGUGAGAAAUUGCACCUUCACGGGCACUGAUAAUGGUGUAAGAAUCAAGACAUGGCCUGAUUCUUAUGAGGGCGUACUUUCCAAUUUCACGUUUGAAGACAUUGUCAUGAAUAAUGUGCAAAACCCCAUUGUUAUUGAUCAAGAAUACUGCCCGUAUAAGGCUUGUAACAAGAAGGUUCCUUCAAAAGUGAAGAUCAGCAAUGUGAAAUACAACAACAUUCGUGGCACUUCCUCCUCCAAGGUUGCAAUUAAUCUUCUCUGCAGCAAAUUGAAUCCAUGCCAAAAUGUGGAGAUUGAUGAUAUCAACUUGGUUUACAAUGACGCUAAAGCAGCUCCGGCGACAUCUUCUUGUUCAAACGUCCAGGCAAUCCUCAAAGGAAAUCAUAUCCCAAUCACUUGUGUCUAG